GUCUCUUCAAAAUAUUUUUUUAUCGCACAAUGGUGGACAAAAUCCGGGCAGUAGUUUUCGAUAUCGGCGGUGUGGUGGUAAAGUCUCCGUUCAUUGCAAUCUCUGCGUAUGAACGGCAGCACGGUCUCCCUGCAAAUUAUAUCAAUGUCGCGCUCUCCAAGCUCGGGGGCUCCGGUGCAUUCCAAAAGUACGAGCGCGGCGAGAUCAGCUACGACGCAUUUGUCUCCGAAUGGACGCGGGAGCUGAAUGACGUAGUAGGCAACAACGCAGCGUACCGAAAGUACAUUGAGCGGCGGUCACUGGACCAGCAUAUGAUUUUGCCGAAUAAGACGAACAUCGAUGGGCAUGAGCUGUUCACCAAGAUGAUGGAGGUGGCACGCGAACCGAACGAAAAUGUGGUGGAGCUAGUGCGCGGGCUGCGGCAGGUCGGGUAUAAGACGGCGGCGCUGACAAACAACUUCCAGAAUGACAGCACGUCAGGGGCAAUGCGCAACUGGCUGUUUAACCCGCUGUUUGACGAGUUUGUCGAGUCGUCUGUAGUGGGGUUGCGCAAGCCCGACCCCAAGUUCUACCUACAUGCGUGCAAUAAGCUGGGCGUGCGGCCAUCGGAGGCGGUGUUCCUGGACGACAUUGCAAUGAAUCUGCGGGCAGCGAAGAACCUGGGCAUGGCUGUGGUGCAGGUUCGAAUCGGCCGGGAGGACGAGGCCAUUGAUGAGGUCCGGGCGAUUUUGGGCUCCCGCGGCGCCUUCAGCAGCGCGCGGCUGUAGUUGACACCAUCUUUCUGUGAGUUUUAGAAUGCAGUGC